CCCGACCCCAGAUAAGCGGAGGAAGGAUGGAUGGAUUUUGAGGGUUUGGAACAAAUUCCAACAAAGGAUGUAGCUGAGCCGGGAUCUCUUGGCAGUACUGGAAUCUGAUACUAUUAUGUGUUUUCUUUGGAAUAGAAUCGCAUGACAAUAAGAAUCGUGUUUUCAUGACCUGAGAAUGAGCCGCUCAUAUCUACACAAAACUGGCAAAUAAUGUUUCUACAGGAGGCCGGAGCGGACAAACCAAACAUUGCUUCUAGAAAGUGCCGUUCACGUUUCGGCGUCGGCCUCCCGGCCACUGUAGUUCUCCUACAUGCGUGGAACCUGGGAGCAAGUUUCAGUUGGUUGCAAUCUGCAACCUCACCUCUAGAAGCUGCGAAAUCCUACACACUGCACUUUUUUCAGGACGAUUUAUUGAUUUUCUAAAUUCGUUUGACCGAUUAAUCGUGUAAUUUGUUCAGCUCGAGCCGCAACAACCAACGCAGAGAGCUCGUACCACACUGCUCAUUAGUUUAACAAGGCUGUCUUGCAGCAUAUUGUUGUAAAUGAGAAAGUAUCUAGCAUUUUAAAAUUAUCUUUCAAUGUAAGGGUUGAAAUUUAAAUCAGGAUAUUGCAUCUUCUUGCAUGGAUUAUAAUCCACUUCACAAGAUUCUUAUCAAACCCAGUGCACCACUUCUGUCCCGUGUGAUGCGGAGGACCAAACCAGUUCAGGGUCCUUUAGGGUUCAACCGCAAACUGGUAUAAAUUGCGACACAUUUCACCCCUAAUGACUGGGCAGGAACUGGCAGUCGGUCCAUUCAUACCGCUGCGAGGUAAAUGGCAACAGAGCAGGGGUAUUGAUCGUUUCUGUCUUUCAAAGGCUAUAAGUUGUGAACAACCAGAGCCAGCAGGGAUCAUUUGUUAGUGUCCAGUAUUCACCAACAGUGGAGAGAGAAGUCUCUCCCGGUGUUGAAAGUUUGACCUUUUUAGAAGAGGAUAAAGAAGAUAAACGAUGUGCUUGUAGGAUUGCUUUCAGCAGCGUUGUUGCCAAAAGGCCUUUAUUGUUACAUUUCAUAUCCAAGAUGAAAGGUAAGUCGACUUAACUCUUUUUGUUAAAUCAUACGGUGCAUUUUAUUGUCUUUUGUUGUAGGAAAAAACUGUUUCUUAUUAAUAACAUCAUUACAAUUAUUGAUUUGUAUUUGAUUCUGAGAUGAUUGGUGAUGCCCAAUGUUACCAAUAUAUCUUAUAUCGUUUUAUUGAAAUGCUGCUGUAUGUUAUCGUGUACAUGAAAAUGGUACAGAAUGCCUAAUGCAACAAUUUAAGAUUAGUACUUAAGCAUUUUAAUUCAUGUCUGAUGGGUUGAGGUUCUGUUGUAACCGGGUAAACUGGUUGCACGAUUGAAAACCUUGUUCUCAGCAAUGGUGGAAGAAGUAUUUGGAUCUUUAGUCUUAGCAGUACCAGAGUGUGGAAAUACUCUGUUACAAGUCCUGCAUUCAAACUUUGAUCUUAAAAGUACAUAAGUACUAUCAGAAAAGUACUUAAAGUAGCAAGUGUAAAAAAAUACUCACUAUGUAGUAAAUGGUUAAUUAAAGCCAUUUUAAUGCCAUCUGUAUCAUUAUCAAAUUUUUAAAACUCCCAAAUAUCGACCUUAUUAUCGCCUUCUGAAAUCCAGUCUUUAAUCAGGUUUCAUCAACAAUCAUAACUUUGAUUUUUAUUCCCUCAUCCGUUACAGCUCUGCCAAUGUAAAACAUGGGAGACUGGAACUUCCUUGGAGGGAUCUUGGAGGAGGUGCAUAUCCACUCCACCAUGGUCGGCAAGAUCUGGCUGACCAUCCUGUUCAUAUUCCGGAUGCUGGUGCUGGGCGUCGCGGCGGAAGACGUGUGGAACGACGAGCAGUCCGACUUCAUCUGCAACACCGACCAGCCGGGCUGCCGAAACGUCUGCUACGACCAGGCCUUCCCCAUCUCCCUCAUCCGCUACUGGGUGCUCCAGGUCAUCUUCGUGUCCUCGCCCUCCCUGGUGUACAUGGGCCACGCCAUCUACCAGCUGCGGGCUCUGGAGAAGGAGCGCCACUGCAAGAAGGUGGCUCUCCGUCGGGAGCUGGAGGCGGUGGACGCGGAGCUGGUGGAGGUGCGGCGGAGGAUCGAGAAGGAGAUGAAGCAGCUGGAGCAGGGGAAGCUCAACAAGGCUCCGCUCAGGGGCUCUCUGCUGUGCACUUAUCUGGUCCACAUUAUCACGCGCUCAGUGGUGGAGGUCAGCUUCAUGGUGUGUCAGUACUUCCUCUACGGACACCGGCUGCACCCUCUCUACAAGUGUGAGCGGGAGCCGUGCCCGAACGUGGUCGACUGCUUCGUCUCCAGGCCCACCGAGAAGACCGUGUUCAUGGUGUUCAUGCAAGGGAUCGCCUGCCUCUCUCUCUUUCUCAGCCUCCUGGAGAUCAUGCACCUGGGAUUCAAGAAGCUCAAGAGGGGCAUCCUGGACUACUACCCGCACCUGAAGGCCGACCUCGACGAGUAUUACGUCGACAAGUCGAAGAAGAACUCGGUCGUGCAUCAGGUUUGCGUAGGCACGUCCGUGGGUCGCAAGACCACGAUCCCCACGGCGCCGUGUGGAUACACGUUGCUGUUGGAGAAGCAGGGCAACGGGCCCACCUACCCUCUCCUUAACGCCUCCUCUGCCUUUGUCCCGAUAAAAGGGGACCCUGGCGCAAAGCCGGAUGGCCAUAAGGAUGGCAAGGAGGAAGUGCCGAGCCCCACGGAGCAGAACAGCAACUCCAAUAACACGAGCAGCGAGACGCGUUCCCCUCCUGCGGACAAACAGGAGGAGCCGGAGGAGCAGUCUUCGCCCCGUUGUGAGCACAUGGAGUGCGCCAGCCCCAAGUACCCCACCCUCCCCGUGGCGGACGCCUCCUCGUGCACAACGAUGUCAGGCGUUGCGAGGAAGUCGCGGAGGGUCAGUCCACCGUGGAACUGCUCAACGCUGGUGGAGGGGAACGGCUCGGACAGCGGAGACUCCUACCACGGGAACAACAGCAUGAAGCUGCGCAGCAGCUGCGUGGGACCCAGAGCGAGGAUGCUCUCCAAAUCAGACAUUAAGAGACCGAGCAGGUCUCAGAGCCCGGACUCCGCAGGGGAGCUGAGCUCAGUGUCUCGACACAGCCGGGAGAGCAACAGCCCCAUCGCUUCCUCUCCGAACCGCAGAGUGUCGGCGGUGAGCAGCAGCAGCAGCAGAAGGGCCCCAACUGAUCUGCAGAUAUAAACAGACUGUACGCUCGUCGACAUGGCAACAGAAACUCUCGAUUAGCCAGGUGUGGGCACUUUUCACAUAUUUAGAGUUCUUAUAAAGACAUUGAAACAAGCACAAAAGGCCUUUGUUACUCGUUGCUGUGGAGAUUAUGCUAUCGACUCCAAAGAGCAACCUUGAUUUCCAAUAACUCUGCAAUCCAACUUCCACUUUUCAGAUUUUACCAGGUGAGCAGACCACAAUGGACUGUUCAGUCUUAGUGCAUUCACUGGUCUGUUACAGAGAUUCAGAUGGACAUUUAAUGAUUCGACUGUACGUGAUAGCUCUGUCUGAAUGAUUAGAGGGGAAUGGAAAACUGAACCGCAAAUCUAUAAUGUUGUUUCAGGUCACAACGUGCAGUUACGCAACCUGAUACUUUUCAAUCAGUGACGCUGAUGGGUCACGUGGGAGAGAAGUGCUAAAUAUCUUUGCCUUGUUACGGUGACAUGAAUAAAAAAAAAUGGUGUUUAAUGUGCUGUCAUUUAUCAGACCUUCCCUUUGGGCACAUGAGCAGCAACCUCUGAAUUAUUGCUUUUGUAUUCUUACUAACGCAAUUGAGAUGAUAUCAAUUAAAAUGUCUUUGAAAAAAUUAAAGGCCAGUCUAAGAAAAUAUUAUAAUUAUUAUUUUUUUAUGUAUUUAUUUCAGAUGAAUGGCUGCGUAUGUAAACAGAAUCCUUUGGUUGAAAACAGAGGAACAAUCGUAAAUGUAGGACAUCAAGAGAAGGACUGUUGCCAAAUGCUGAAUAUUUAUUUUUAUUUAUGACAAAGCAAAAGUUCCUUGUUGAUACGCAACAAAAGAAUUGUGAUUUUGUAUUCACUGUACAUCCCUUAAAAUUUAAUAAUAUUUCUUUAUAUUUUUACCCCAGAAAGCAAUGACAAAACCCCUCCUUUCUACUCUGCUGGCCCCUCCUCAGGCGAUGGUUCGUACUGCAUCAGCUGGAAAAUGAUAUUAAUGCAGAGAUUAGAGGUCACAGUAGCAGCAGCACACUCAAACACGGUUAUCUGGUUAUCUGUAAAUGUGGACUUUUACUAGCAUCUCACCCUGUUUCUCAGCUCUUUGUUCUCCCCCAUGAGAAGGUUGCAUUUCUGUUGCAGGUCAGCCAGCUCCAUGCGAAGAGCCUCAGCGUCCGCUGACUCUGGACCAGUCGCAUCGAGCUGAAGCUUUAUGAAACUGUGCCGGAGGUUAAGGUCAACGUCUGUUUACAAGUUUUAAAAGCCAUAUUCCGGCUGAAUGGCUGUUUAUCUCCCCAGCAGUAUUGCUGACAUUUCAAACAUACCCACAUGCUUUCAAAGGGGAAAUACUGUGCUUUCUAUUCACUGACUGUGUGAUAAAUCUGUAAAACACUGAAAACUUUUUCCAGGAAUUAUAUUGCUUCCUUGUCUGGAAAUCUUGGAAGGUCCAAGUCUCCUAUUCUUAAAUGUAUGCCAUCAAGGAGAACUGCCAUUGCAUUUACAGGUUAAAGUGCAUGUGGAAAAGGGGGCUUGUAAUGGCAAAGUUUGAGUCUUUCCCAUUUCUGUUGCCAUGUUAGCUCUAGGACUAUUACAACAGGGACCACAACUCUUCUCAGCUAGUUCCCGGAGUAAACCCUGAAGAAUUUAAACUGAAAGCAGACACAAGGCCUUCUGGUUUUAAUAAGCUGGAUAUUAUUUAGUCUAUAUAUUUCAUCAAAUGUACCAUAAUGGUUGACCAAACUCAUCCGCUUGAUUUCAUCGUUAAAGGCACAGAAAGACUCGUUUAUUACCCCUAAACGUUAUAUAAUGCUGCCCACGUGAGAAAAGGAUACUCCAGUGCGUUGUCGGGU